AUGGUAAAGACACGAAAUUUUGUGGAGGGAGAUAGUAGCUUAGCAACAAAAGCUGUUUGGGACGAUGAGUUGACGUUGAUAUUUUGUGAACUUUGCGUGAAUGAAGUCAAUGCUGGUAUUGGAUGGUGUCCAUUUAAAAAGACGGUCGAUGCUACCGAAGAGUGGUGGGCUGAAAAAAUACAGGAAAAUCCUGAUUUUAAAGGAUUUAAGAAGAAAGGAAUUGAACCACGAUUAAAUGAGUUAAUGUGGCAAAUGUUUGGUGGCAUUGUAGCCACUGGAGAGAACGCAUGGGCACCUUCGUCUGGUGUUCUUCCACGUGGGGUUCCUAUGGGAGAUGAUGCACCUAAUGAGGGAUUUGGUGAUUCAGAUGAACAUAGUAACGAGAAUGAAGGUAUUCCCCCUGAUGAGGUACCAUCAAACCCUUCUCAUAAAAUCCCUAAUCGAAGAAAGCAAACACUUGGGGCUGUACACGGUAAGGGAAAAAAGUCAAGUUCAAGUAGAAAAUCAUCAAGAAAUACAUUAACUACUCAGAUUGAGAAAUUGUGUGAGAGUAUGACUAGUCCAAGGAAGUCAGUGAAUGAAAUUAUUUUUCCUCACUCUCAAUAUACUAUUUCAAAUGCAAUGGAUGCUUUGCGUGCUUUGGGAGAUGAAAUUCCAAAAAGAGAUGAACUGUACUAUUUUGCCACCAAAAUGUUCCAAAUACCGGUGAAACGAGAAAUGUUUUUGAACUUAGAUCCAGAUGAUAGGGUUUGGUGGCUUCGACGUGAGUAUGCUGAACAAAAUCCAAUUGCAUCAUUUUCAUCCUUGGUAGCAACAUCCUCAUUUCCCUUCCAACCAUAUCAUCAACCACCUCCACCAUCAGCUCCUUAG